AUCGAUAUAAUAGUAAGAUCCCCUAAUUAUCAGUCAUUAGUGAAAAGAAUAAUGUCGGCAGAACUUACCGCUCGCACGACUCCGCCGUACAAUCAUUUUACGCAAAUUGGCGAUCCAGUCUUACGGCAACGGGCUGUGGAAGUUGAAGACGAUCGCAUAGACAGCAAAGAGAUCAAUGAUAUUGUGGAGCAAAUGGUCAACGUGCUGCGCCACUACGACUGCGUUGGCGUCGCAGCACCCCAAUUGGGCGUUCCACUACGCAUCAUUGUCAUGGAGUUCCGCGAGGGCAAGCGGGAGCUAAUUCCACCAGAAAUAUACGAGCAACGCAAAAUGGCCACGCUGCCGCUGGCUGUAUUUAUCAAUCCGAAACUCGAGAUAAUCGGCGACGUUAAGCACACGCAUCCCGAAGGUUGCAUGAGUGUGCGCGGAUUUUCUGCCCAUGUACCACGAUACGAUCGCGUUCGCGUUACCGGCAUUGGAAAGCUUGGAACGCCAGAGCAACUCGAAUUGGAGGGAUGGAGCGCACGUAUUGCCCAGCACGAGGUUGACCAUUUAAAUGGCAUCGUUUGCAUUGACCGCAUGGAUGUUUCAACUUUUACUUGUGUCACUUGGGAGCAAAUUAAUGCAGCUGGCGGACGCGCGGUUAUACCGUUUGAUAAAUAAACAUUUGUUUGAAAAUUGUAGAGCAUCGAUAUAUCGAUGUUUUGGAAAAUAUACCAAAAUAACGGAUAUAUGGCAAAUUAAUAUACAAAUCCAAUAUGUUUCAGAAACGUGCAUAAUAAAUCAGUUAAACAUAUUUAA